AUGCCCAGUCCGCUAGAGCCACUCGCGAAUCCUCCGAGCCUUCUAGGGUAUCACAGACAGCUUGCUCCUUCUGCCGGGGUUAAGGUCAGCCCUCUUUGCUUGGGAGGCAUGAGCCUCGGCACUCGAUGGGCGGAUUUCGUUGGUGAAUGCGAUGAAAAGGCUUCCUUCGAGAUUCUUGACUAUUUCUACAGCCAAGGCGGCAAUUUCAUAGACACAGCAAGUAACUAUCAAGCCGGUGACUCGGAACGCAUCAUCGGCAAAUGGAUGAAGGAGCGAAGGCUCCGCGACGAGAUUGUGCUGGCCACCAAGUAUUGCGCGCCAUGGCGAUACGAUGAAGGCCGUAAUAUUGUACAAUCCAACUUCGGUGGGAUGAACGCCAAAGCGCUGAAGCACUCACUGGAAGAUUCGCUCGAAAAGCUGCAGACGAGCUUUAUUGACGUGCUCUAUGUGCACCACUGGGACCAUGCUGCUGGUAUCCCGGAAGUGAUGCAAGCCCUCAACGAUAUGGUGGCUCGGGGCAAGGUCUUGUAUCUGGGUAUCAGCAACACACCGGCUUGGAUCGUUGCGAAGGCCAACGAAUACGCCAAGACACACCAGCUGCGACAGUUCGUGAUCUACCAAGGACUUUGGAAUGCAGCCAAGCGGGACUUCGAGCGUGAUAUCAUCCCUCUGGCCAGAAUGGAUGGCAUGGCGCUCGCUCCCUGGGGCGUGCUCGGUCAAGGCACGUUCAAGACCAAGGCUCAAAGGGAGGCAACCAAUGGUAAGAUGCGUCAGGCGAUGAUCGCCUCUGCCGCAGACCAAGAGAUGGUGAUUGAGAAACUCGAGAAGAUCGCUGAGCGCGAAAGCGUCUCCAUGCAAGCCAUUGCAUUGGCAUACGUCUUCCAUAAGAGCCCUUACGUCUUCCCAAUAGUUGGGUCAACGAAGAUCGAACAGAUCAAGGGCAACAUUGAGGCACUGGGCAUUCGCCUGUCACGAGAAGACCUGGAUGAGGUUGAUAUGGCGACAGGGAAACCUUUCGACCUGGGCUGGCCUAACAAUGUCUUCACACUGCCGUCAAAGCGGGAUGUCUCAGGAUCUGUCAUGGCGAAGGAUUUGUUCGCCAACACACUUCACUGGAACGGCGACGAAGUGCCUUUCGCUCAGCCAAUACAGCAUGGGCAGCACUGA